CGAGAGUGAAUACUCGACACACGGUCACACCCCUCAAGUCUGGCCUGGUUUGAUGUGUAGAGAAGAAACGGUCUCGAGUGUUUAUAUUCUCAAAUACUUCGUGUCGCCUGCAGACAGAGUCCUCUGUUGAUACUCUUUCGGUCUGUUAGAUACAGCGAAACACCCUCUCCCGCCUCCGCAGAGUCGCCAUCAUCAUCAUCACACGCAGCCUCCGCCACUGCUGCCCGACUGUCGGGUCCAACGGGCGCAUACCAAACGAUAGCGAACUAAUGAUAUGACCCACGCACCAAACAAGCAUCAACCCGCAUUGUAACCGCUGCGGUAAUACGCCUUGUAUAUUUAACUCUACAUCACAGCAAGCAUGCGACCUCUACGACUGCUUCUGUCCCUGUCGUCGUGCUUGAUCUUCAUCAUCGUACUGUCCUUCGUCGCCGCGUCCAAGGCGAGGAGUGUUUCUGCCGCACGCAACAACCGUGUUGGAGCCUACUUCAGCUGGAACUCUCCAUCGUCGCUGUUCCCGCCCUCAGCUAUCAUCAGCUUGACCGAUGACAACUCGACCUUCUUCCUUGCACGCCCCGCUGCUUUUGGCCCACCAUUACCUGGAAGGGGUUUGAGCGGUCAGAUUUGGAUAGGCGCCGGCUUUGGCGACGACAAUCCUGGUCAUGGAGGCAUCACCGGAGCAGAAGGAGAGCUUGGUUGCAGCGAUGUCCCGGGUUGGAAUGACGGCGAAUACUCACCCACCAACUUCGAUACCGCAACGCAACAAGAUGUUAAGAGCAAGAAUUCGGGUACACAAGAUGCAAAAGGCAGCAAGAACAAGAGGAACACCGAAUCAGAAACACAAACAGAGAGUGACGCUGCAGACGUCCAGACCGAUGGAACAGACGACCAUCUACACCAACCUCUGUCUUCCUCAGAUGACGUUUCCUCGACACAGCUGAAACAGCCAUCGACAAAGGCAAAGAAGCCCGGCCAUGCCGACAUUCAAUCAUUGCAAGAGACAGCCGAGAUUGCAGGCAAGGUCGUGCUGCUCACUCGAGGUGGAUGUGGCUUCCUGGAGAAGGCCAAGUGGGUACAAAGAAGAGGAGGUGUUGCCCUAAUCGUGGGUGAUGACAUGCGAGGAGGUCCACUGGUGACCAUGUACGCCCGGGGCGAUACAUCCAACGUCACCAUUCCUUCCAUCUUCACUUCACACACCACCGCCCACCUCCUGUCUAAGCUGGUUCCUUCAGGAGGCUUCCGCAACGGUAUUUCUGCUCAAGAUGCUGCACGUUUGGGCUUGGGCUUGCCUACAAGUGGUAAUCCUACAUCCAAAGAGAAGAAGCAGUCGGACUCGACCAACAACAGACCCACCCACUCGCCCAUUCCCAACCGUCAGAACGAAGACAACGACGAGGAGUCAGGAAGCUGGUUCGGCUCGUUGUUCUCGUCUUCAGACGAAGAUCGUCAUGACAGCAGAAGACCCCCGAGUAGUGGUAAAAUCGACUGGGUCCUACAACAAGACUUUGAGGAUGAAAGUCCCAAAAAGUACAACACAAAGUCAACCAGUACUACCAAGACGACCAAACAGACCAAGGCACCCAACGGCGAUGAAUUUGUCAUUGGUGUCCACGACUGGCGAGACCCCGACUUGCUUGAUUCACAAAUAAAUGCCGCUCAGGCAGCGUCGAGCAAGUUGCCCAAAUCAGCCGAUCAGAAUUCUGCUGCACCGCAUGCUGGCCCUAAAGGAGGAAGUAUUACUCCUGGGAGUGGAGAAUACCACCACGCUGGUGAAAAGCCAAUCAACCUCAAGUCACCCAAGAAGCCUGAAAAGGGACAGUCCGGCUCCGACAAGAAGUCAGCUCAGGACUCUGCCAAGUCUUGGAUGGGUCGCAUCGUCGGUUCUGACGACAAAAAGGACACUGAUUCGAAGAAAAGCAUCAAGUCGCCACAUGUCGUGUCGCAAGUCAACAACAAGCCCGUAGUCAAGGCUACCGGUGAGCAUGACGAUUCAGACGAGUCGCACGAUGGCUUGUGGGUGACUUUGACCCCUGCUUCCAUGUCUUCCUCACCUUUCUUCGAUACCCUGCUGGUACUGGUCGUGUCACCUCUUGUAACUCUAACCAUUGUCUAUGCUCUACUGCUACUUCGCUCUCGCAUCCGCCGUAGAAGAUGGAGAGCCCCCAAAUCUAUCGUUGAUAGAUUCCCAGUGCGAACCUAUCAUACCAUUCCUAGCAGCAACAGCUCGAAUGUCUCGGAUAGUGCCGCGACUUCUCCUGCUGCACCUACAUCGGCUACACCGCUUCUCCACCCUGGAGCACGACCUAUCUCCCAGACUAGAUCAAGACCAAGGUCGCGUACAGUCAGCGAAGUACCUGUAUCCGGCUCCAGUCCUGCAAACACUCCAAGCUUGGAUCAAGUGCAGGAGAAGCGUGAGGCUGGAUUAGCUGAAUGGCGCAGAAGAUACGGCGGUAGGCAACGUGAUUGUGCGAUCUGCAUCGACGAAUUCGAGGACGGUGUCAGCCGUGUUAUGAGUCUACCUUGCGGCCAUGAGUUCCAUGUCGAUUGCAUUACACCAUGGCUCACCACCCGUCGUCGUACUUGCCCCAAUUGCAAGGCCGAUGUCGUGCGUUCAUUCGGCCGUGGCGGAAGUGGUUCAUACUCGUCAUCUUCCGCUCAACCUCUUCUCGCUCACUCUAAUGAUGACUCCUUGGAUAUCGACGACAUCCAAGAGCAGGCAGUCAACACCCGCAACUACGACCCCAUUGCGAACGAACCAAUCGCAGAUCUAGAGCAAGGCAGCAUCGACCCUGACCGUACACGAUGAACAAUAUAAACCAAUAUUCAUGACCGGGAUGGCUGGCGUUUUUUGUCUUUCCGAGUCCUUAUGAGCAGGCUCUCUUCUCCUUUCUUGCAUGUUGCCCAUAGCAUCAGCGGUGGAGUGGAUUAAGGAUCCUGUGAGAUAGAUCUUUGCUUCAUGUUCUUCGCUUUUUCUCAAACCGAGGCUUGGUCCUCUUGCAAGGCAUAUUUUCCACCACACUGCAAUGGAGUUUUCUCUUCCCUUCCAAUCAUGCAUUUCCCCUCCGACUCUGCGAAAGUGCUUGAAGUCCUCAGUCCCUCCCCAUGUGCUAAAUUUUGUCACUUCUAGCCAUC